AUUUUUUUGUUUUAAAAGUGAAGUGUCGUCUGUGAAGUUGUCUUCAAAUUGUGUCUUAUAAUAGUUUUUUGGUUUUUUGUAUUUCUUAUUAUAAUUAUUUUUUUUGUUGUUAUCCUCUUCGGUGACUAAACUAGUUGUUUGACUAAAACGGUCUCAGCUUUUAUGCAUCCGAUAAAUAUCAUUGAUUUUGGACAAUCACUAGCAGUUCAUUAUUAUGGGUAAACCAACUGUCCGUCGGAGGCAAUCCACCACUUCUUCGUUGUCGUGUUUGAUCACUUCAUCCAAGUUUUAUUUGACUUUAAGAACUUUCAGUUUACUUCACUAUAAUUGUUCAAAACUUUACUAUCAUUAUAGUGAUUGUAUUUGAAUAUAUUUACGUAUAUUUGAAAAUCAAAAAAAUUAAUUAUUAUUAACUCUAAUAAUAAUUAUUAUUAUCGUUUUAUUUUGUUAUAUAUACUAAUGUUAUUAUUUUUAUUAUUCAAGAAAAAAAUGUUUUUUUCAUAUUGUUUCUUGACUUUUGUUUUUUAACGAAAAAAAAAGUUUUUUAUAGAUAAAUAUUUAGUUUUUUUUUGUAUUUUUUAACAAACAAAAAUCCGAUAUUUUUUCUGACCCGAUAUUCUGACCCCGACAACAAAAAAUUUACCCGAAAAAAUAGCACAAAAAUGAUUGCAUUCAAACAAAAUUCAUUCCCAAUACUCACUACUACUACUACCACUACCACCGAUGAUGACGAUUAUGAUAAUGGCUAUCAUAAUAAGUCAAUCAGCGUUCAAACAUCAAACAACAGAGAUUAUAAUAUACUGAUCGGCGAUAACGGUCGCGACGGCGGCGGUGGUGGUCUAACUGCCAGUACUGCCGAAACUAGUGUCUGUCAUAGCCAGUACACGACCACAUCCAUCGAGUACACCACAACAGCCUCCCAAUGUCAACAGCACAGCGAAGUCUAUCGCAAUUACAUAUCAGCUCCCCAUCACUUCCUGCUCAUACUGUUCCUCAUUAUCUAUGUAUUGCUCAUACUAUUGGGUGCCUCUGUCUUCUCGCUCUUCGAACAGAAGACUGAAUUUCAAUUGAGAGAUCAGUUGCUGAGAUCACAGCAAUUGUUUUUGGCUCAAAAUCCAUCAGUUAAUGUUGAAUCACUGGAUCAGUUCAUUGAAGUUGUCAUCAAAUCCUAUGACAAUGGCAUCAAUUUGCAUCAACUAAACCAAAUGCUCAAACUAAAGGAUCAGUUGCCUAAAACUCAAGAACCGCAACAACAACGACAGCAACAGGAAAACGAUAAAAGUUGGACAACUAGUCAAACAAAUUAUCGUAAUAGCGAUCGAAGUUAUGGUAAAGAUUUUAUCAAAAAAGAUAGUAAUAAUAAUAAUAAUAAAAAGACCAACAAAGCAGUGGUAAAUCACAAGAAGCAAACUCAAGAGGAAGAAAGUGCUGACAGUGUUCAAGAAGUAAUUGCAUUCAGUAUUCCAACAGAAUAUUCCAAUUGGGAGUUCACUUCUAGUCUGAUGUUUGUGACCAGUGUUGUGACCACUAUCGGCUACGGACACGUAACACCCAUAACACCCGAAGGCAAACUGUUUUGUCUGAUCUUUUCAUGCGUUGCCAUACCGUUUACAUUGGUAUUCCUAUCCAUUAUUGUAUCGUUGCUGAAGAACGGGCCGAUCAGGAUAUUUGAGAAAUGGCUAAUCAAAAGCAUUUUAAGACACUUUCAUCAAACACCAGAUUUUUUCAUACGACUACUACAUGUAGUCAUUGUAACAGUUAUUUUGCUUUUGCUAAUCAUUGUAUUGCCAGCUCUACUCUACCAUUAUAUGGAAAAGGACUGGACGUUUCUCGAUUCGGUCUACUAUUGCUACAUAAGUCUGACGACAGUAGGUCUGGGCGAUCUGGUUCCCGGUGUCGGCGACUUUAGCCAAUACGAAUCGUUACAAUUAUACAGAAUUUGCACUAUAUUCUACUUAUACAGUGGUCUGGCAAUGAUUAUGCUAUGGAUUGCCGUUAUCUUAAGGAUACCGCAGCUGAAUCUGAAACCACUUUUAUUAACUGAAAAGGAAGACAUCGAAGAGAGUAUUAAAAUAAAUGAUUACAAUAAGGGAUACAAUAAACCAAACAAUUAUGGCACAGCAGACGGCACUCACCAAUAAUGACACUCACUAUUGAUGGCAUAAAUAUUUAUUGAAAACUUUUGGUUAUCACAAUAAUUUUUUUUUUUAAAAAGUUUAAUACAUAUUUAUACACAUAUUAAUAAUAAUCAUAAUUAUAAGUUAAAUAACUAAUAAUUAUAUUAUUAAAUAUAUA